GUGCUCGACACCCCGGCUAGUUGAUUCAUGGAUCCAACGAUGGAUAACAUUUGAUUUCAUAUAAAAGCACUUCGAUCUGAGCCACGACUUAGUAAAAUGCUUCCAAUGACCAUCUGGAUAGUAACGGUUGCAAUUCUUCUCCUCGAACUGGUGGGGGCCCUUGCUGGUGGUUCGUACUGCCGCAGUGAGCUCUGUCCACAUGGAGGACCUCAUGUUGGCUGCAAUCCACCCUCCUCAUCCGGUGGACCGACCUGCAAUGGUAUGCAGAAAGCCAAGAAAGUCAACCUAAACCAAUUCCAAAACUUCAUACUGGACGAGCACAAUCUUAACCGCUCUAACAUCGCGCUCGGUCGACUUCGUCCUUAUCCGUCGGCUGCCAAGAUGCCAACACUCACCUGGGACGCAGAAUUAGCAGAGUUGGCUGACGCCAAUGCGCGCUCGUGUGUAUACGGCCACGAUAGAUGCCGUGCCACUGAUAAGUUCCCGUACGCCGGACAGAACAUCGCCAUCACGCGCUUCUACGGGUAUCAGUUCAAGGAGAAAGACCUCAUGCACAAGUUCAUCUCGAGUUGGUGGGGCGAGUAUAUGGAUGCCCGGCCGCAGCAUAUCACCAAGUAUCCGAUGUCGUACAGUGGACCAGCGAUUGGCCAUUUCACGCAGAUUGCCAGCGAUCGUAGCACGAAGGUUGGCUGCUCCAUGUGGUACUGGAAGGAUGGACAGUUCGACGUGUACUAUUUCGUAUGUAACUACUCGUUUACGAACAUCAUGGACCGAUCUGUGUACCAAGCCGGCCCACCAGCGUCAAAAUGCAAACGAGGUCGUAACUCAAAGUUCCCUGGCCUGUGUAACCCCGGAGAGGUGCCUCGUACAAUCAUGGAUCCGUAAUGAGACUUCUUGUUCAAUAUAAUGCAAGUGCUGUUGAUUCUUUGAGAAAUUUCAAUGAACUAUUCUAGAGCCAAAAAAGUGAGAAAAUUCAAUCAAUAAAUUUGAAACUAAUUAAUGAUAGAUAGCACAACAAGUAGAACAUGCUGUUUCGUUUAAGAAGAAGAUCUAAAAUACAUUCAAAAAAGGAGAAGAAACUCGU